AUGGGGACCACCGUCGCGACGAACGCGCUGCUGGAGCGCGCCGGCGAACGGACGGCUCUCUGCGUGACACGUGGCUUUCCGGAUCUGCUGCGGAUCGGCAACCAGGCGCGGCCGCGCAUCUUCGAUCUGACGGCUCGGCGCGCCUCGCUGCUGUACGAGGAGGUGGUGGAAGUGGAGGAGCGCGCGCAGGUGCUGCCGGGGGAAGAGGCGCAGGGGGAGGGCCGGGGGAAGGGGGAUGGUGAGGCGGAAGGCGGGGGGGAGGGGGAGGGGGGUCUGGCGGAUGGGGGGGAUGAAGCGGGGAAGCGCACGGUGCGCGGAGUUUCGGGGGAGCUGGUGCGUGUGCUAGUACCGCUUAACGUCGAGAAGACACGAGCCGCGCUGGAGAAGGUGUUGGCACGUGGCAUCAAGUCAUUGGCCAUCGCUUUCCUCCACUCCUACACGUUUCCGGACCACGAACGCGCAGUGGCGGCUUUAGCGCGGGAGAUGGGCUUUAAGCAGGUCUCUGCGUCGAGCGAUCUCGUUCCGAUGGUCAGGAUCGUGCCACGUGGACACACUGCUUGCGUGGACGCGUAUCUGACCCCUGCAAUUCGCACCUAUGUGGGGAAGUUCUUAGCGGGGUUUGACUCGGGUCUUGCUGACGUGGCAGUGUUGUUUAUGCGGUCAGACGGAGGGUUGACUCCCGCCCAAGCCUUCACGGGUUACCAAGCCAUCCUCUCAGGUCCAGCAGGAGGUGUGGUUGGAUUCGCCCGAACCACAUUCGAGUUCGAGGUUCGGGAAAUGGAAGGUCUGGAAGGACUUCUGUCUGACGUCAGCAGCAGCAAAGAAAACAAAAACGAUCAGGACAAGACAAAAGACGAUUCUAUUGGUGCUGGUACAGCAGCAGAGGGAUCGUUGAGGUGUCGUCCCGUGAUUGGCUUUGACAUGGGCGGCACAUCCACUGACGUGUCAAGAUACGCAGGGGGUGCAUACGAGCAGGUUUUAGAAACUACCACAGCCGGAAUCACCAUCCAAGCCCCCCAGCUCGACAUAAACACUGUAGCAGCGGGCGGCGGCUCUCGUCUUUUCUUCGAGUCGGGCAUGUUACGUGUGGGGCCAGCAUCAGUAGGGGCCCAUCCCGGCCCGGUCUGCUACAGAAAAGGCGGGCAGCUAGCGGUGACAGAUGCCAACCUGCUAUUGGGCCGUGUGCUGCCCGAAUAUUUUCCCGCCAUUUUCGGGCCGAACGAGGACCUCCCAUUGGACGAGCAGGCGGCGAGGGAGGCAAUGGCUGAGCUGGCAAAAGAAGUGAACCGCGGGAUGGGUGGGGAGGGAGGUGAGGGGGACAAGGAGGGGGAGGGGGGAGAGGAGUCAGGGGAAGACGGAAUGUCAGUAGAAGAGGUGGCGAUGGGGUUCAUCCGCGUGGCAAACGAGGCCAUGUGCCGGCCAAUCAGAGAGCUCACAGAGGCUCGGGGCCACGAGACCAGCUCGCACGUGCUCGCUUGCUUCGGCGGCGCCGGGCCUCAACACGCAUGCGCCAUAGCCCGCUCUCUUGGGAUCUCCACGGUUUUUGUGCAUCGGCUGUGCGGGAUUCUGAGUGCGUACGGCAUGGGGUUGGCGGAUCGGGUGGUUGAGAUGCAGGAGCCUGCUGCUGAGGUGUGCUCCAAUGAGAGCCUGCCACGUGUGCUGGCGCGGGCGGCGAGGAUGGAGGAGGAAGUGCGGGCGGGAUUGUGUGGCCGGGGGAGUGGGGAGGGGGGUGGGAGUGAGGGAAAAGGUGAGGGAGAAAAUGGAAAAGGGGGAGAAGGAGAGGGAGGAGAGGGAGGGGAGGGGAGAAAGGAGGGUGGGGAGGAGGCAGGCGUGUGGACGCAGGUGCUGCUGAACCUUCGUUAUGACGGCACCGACACGGCCCUCAUGGUCGAAGCACCACCCACACACACCCUCCCUUCCACCUCGGCCCCAUCCACCUCUCCCUCAUCCACCACCCCCCCUGCCACACACCCAGCAGCGUCAUUCGACUUCCUGGGUGCAUUCAAGCGGCGCUUCGAGCGCGAGUUUGGGUUCGACCUGCAGGGCGAUCGGCGCGUGUUGAUCGACGACAUCCGAGUGAAGGGCGUGGCUCCUUCAGGCGUGCUGCAGCAGACCGCCAUUCCCAGGGCUGGCGGAAGUGAAGAGGCGGCAGGCGGCUUGGUGGCAGCAGGGACGGCGGAGGCGGAGGCGGUGCAGCACCGGGUGUACUUUGAAGGCGGGUGGCGGGAUACGGCGGUAUUCCGGCUGGAGAAGCUGCGGUGGGGGCAUGUGGUGAGUGGGCCGGCGGUGAUUCUGAACGGGACGAGCACUGUGGUGGUUGAGCCGGGAUGCACUGCUGGGAUCACCAAGUAUGGCAAUAUCGUCAUUGCUGUGACUCACACGGCACAUCAAAGUGAUGUGGAGGGAGCAGCAGAAGCAGCAGCCGCAUCAGCAGCAGGAGCAGGAGCAGGAGCAGGAGCAGCAGUAGCAGCGGCAGCGGCAGCACCAGUAUCAACACCAGCCGUCCCUCCUUCCCCCGCAGUCCCCUGGGACGUGGUGCGGCUGUCCAUAUUCGGCAAUCGCUUCAUGGGCAUCGCAGAGCAGAUGGGGCGGACGCUGCAGCGCACCGCCAUCUCCACCAACAUCAAGGAGCGCCUCGACUUCUCCUGUGCGCUCUUCUCCCCCGAUGGCGGCCUAGUGGCAAACGCUCCCCACGUGCCUGUGCAUCUGGGGGCUAUGUCGGAUACAGUGCGGUGGCAGCUGGAGUAUUGGGGGAGAGGGGCCGGGGUGGCGGAGGGCGGGUUGCAGGAAGGGGAUGUGCUUGUAACGAAUCAUCCCUGUGCUGGGGGGAGUCACCUGCCGGAUAUCACUGUAGUCACGCCGGUGUUUCGCGAGGGUAGGAUUAUAUUUUUUGUCGCGAGCCGGGGGCAUCAUUCGGAGAUCGGGGGAAGUACCCCUGGGAGCAUGCCGCCGUUUUCGCGGAGUAUUUGGGAGGAAGGAGCGGCGAUUCGGACGAUGAAACUGGUGAAGGGAGGAAUUUUCCAGGAAGAGGCGAUUCGUGCGGUGCUGCUGGAGGGGCAGGUGUUGGAAGGGGUGAUGGCAGGUGGAGCGGGUUUGAGUGGGGACGGACAGGGAGGAGGGAGAACAGUGCGGCGUGUGCCGGGCACUCGCCGCAUCGAGGAUAACCUAUCGGAUCUGCGCGCACAGGUGGCAGCGAAUCAGCGGGGAAUUGAGCUGAUAGGGGAGCUGGUGGAGGAGUGUGGGCUGGUAACGGUGCUGGUUUAUAUGGGGUACGUGCAGGUGAAUGCUGAGCAGGUGGUGCGACGCAUGCUCACCCGCACUGCCUUGAAACAUCUUCAGAGCCAGAAGCAGCAGGUGGCAGCCAAGAAUAGUGACAUAGCAGCCGAGACCGAUGCUGUAGCAACCGAGCGAAGCGACUUAGCAGCUGAGAAGCAGCAAGGGGGUGGCGAUGGGGAGACUGCGCAAGCCGGUGACGGUGACGGUGACAACCAGGUGGUGGUGCUGCAGGGAGAGGACCGCAUGGACGACGGCUCCUUGAUCCGCCUGCGCAUCUCCAUCCACCCUUCCUCGGGCUCUGCCCACUUCGACUUCACGGGCACCAGCCCCGAGGUGUACGGCAACUGGAAUGCUCCCACUGCCGUCACCACCGCUGCCAUCAUCUACUGUCUGCGCUGCCUGGUGGACUCUGAUAUUCCCCUCAACCAGGGGUGCCUGGCGCCAGUGCGGAUCACUCUCCCGGUGCACUCGCUGCUGUCGCCGAGUGAUACUGCUGCUGUUGUGGGCGGGAAUGUGCUGACGUCGCAGCGGGUGACAGAUAUUAUUCUGGCCACAUUUGCUGCAGCCGCGAACUCGCAGGGGUGUAUGAACAACCUCACGUUUGGCGACGGGACUUUUGGGUACUAUGAGACGAUUGCGGGCGGGGUGGGGGCGGGGCCGACAUGGCAGGGAGAAGACGGGGUGCAGAGCCACAUGACUAAUACCAGAAUCACCGACCCUGAGGUGCUAGAGCGGCGCUACCCGGUGCUUCUGAGAAGGUUCCGGCUGCGGCAGGGGAGUGGCGGGAGUGGGGAGAGGCGGGGCGGGCAUGGGGUGGAGCGGGAGGUGGAGUUUCUACGGCCUGCGACUGUCAGUAUGUUAUCGGAGAGACGGGUUUUGGCACCGAAUGGGGGCGCUGGGGGCGGGCAGGGGGCGAGGGGGUUGAAUCUGCUGCGGAUUGCGCGGGAUGGGAGAGUGGUGAAUUUGGGUGGGAAGGCUAGUGUGGGGGUGGAGAGGGGGGACACGCUGCUGGUGUGUGCACCAGGAGGAGGGGGGUGGGGGAUGGGUGGUGCAGGGAGGUGUAAGGAGUCUUUCCUCUCCCAGUCAGCACCGGACGACCCGGAAAGACUUCUCCCAUGUCUCGAUUCGCGGAUCGCGAUGUGA